AUCAAUAACGCUAUGUCCGGUGUAUAACGCCCUCUUGCCGUUACUUGCGCAAAUCAGAACUGUCUUGUGGUGCCGUGCAGGAGGUGAAGUUACUGCCGAGAAUUCUCUGAAUUCUACGUUUUUAUUACAUUUAGUGAAUAAAUACUAUCAACAGAAAUGUCUCCCCCAUACUAUGCUGAUCUUGGGAAGAAGGCCAAUGAUGUCUUUUCCAAGGGCUACCAUUUUGGAGUCUUCAAACUUGACUUAAAGACCAAGAGUGAGUCAGGUGUUGAGUUUAGCAGUGGCAUCACCUCUAACCAGGAGAGCGGAAAGGUCUUUGGCAGUCUUUCCUCCAAAUAUGCAGUGAAAGACUAUGGUCUGACUUUCACGGAAAAAUGGAACACUGACAACACAUUGGCCACAGAUAUUACCAUUCAAGACAAGAUUGCUGCUGGUCUUAAGGUUACACUUGAGGGUACCUUUGCACCCCAAACUGGAAGCAAGACUGGUAAACUGAAGAGCUCCUUUUCCAAUGACACAGUUGCUGUCAACACCAACCUAGACCUUGACUUGGCUGGUCCCAUUGUGGAUGUUGCAGCUGUGCUCAAGUACCAGGGCUGGCUUGCCGGUGCACAUACACAGUUUGACACACAGAAAGCUAAGUUCUCAAAGAACAACUUUGCCUUCGGCUACCAAACCAAUGACUUUGCUCUGCACACCAAUGUUGAUAAUGGCAAGGAAUUUGGUGGUACCAUCUACCAAAAGGUAUCGGACAAGCUUGACUGUGGUGUCAGCAUGAAGUGGACCUCUGGAUCUUCAGACACUCUGUUCGGUGUUGGUGCUAAAUUCGCACUUGACCAGGAUGCCUCACUGCAUGCCAAGAUUAACAACAAGUCCCUCAUUGGUCUUGGUUACCAACAGAAACUCCGCCCAGGCGUGACUCUGACGCUCUCCGCCGCUAUCGACGGACAGAACUUCAAUGCAGGAGGCCACAAAGUCGGCGUCGCCCUAGAACUUGAACCCUAGGCAUUUAAUCAAGCCAGCGGCUUUUAGACUUGUAGAUAAUACAUAAACCACUUUAACUGUUACUAUUACUGAAAAAGCGUAUGUUAUAAAUCAAAUCAUAUUAUCGAAUGCAUCUGCUAUACAGUAUUCCAAGCGUGUAACGCAAUAUUAAUUUUACAAGUCUAUGUGGUGCAAUUAAGUAGUGCCGUUCUUCAGUAUAUCAAAUAUAUCGGCAACGAGCGCUCUUUCCUAGUAUUUAUUAGCGUUUCUUUGUAUAAUGGAUGUUGAAGCAUGCUGUACUACAUAAACCUUUCAUCUAUUACAAAAUAAUUUUAUCGAAUUAACUUACAAUGUCUGCUGUAUCAUCUUGUAAAUAAACACCUAUGGUGUGUAUCCUAUUGAUUGAUUGAGAAUAAAAUGAAUAGUCUA